UUGGACAAAAAAUUUGGAAACCAGUUGAGAAGUUGACUGCCAAAACGCUCUUGAAAACAUUCUUUUUGCUGUUUGUUGGUUUGAUUGUCACGCUUAGUACUUCGCCAUUGAUCUACAGAUGUUUAGUGAUAAUGGACAGUAGCGACAACAAUUGUGCAGUUUACGACAGAGUGUCGAAAUUAAAGGUGUCAUCACUAGGAACAUGUGACCAUGACGAUGUCAAGGAAUGGGCCUUCCGACUGCUACUGACAACAUCUUUAUUUCUUGCUUUCGUCACGGUUUUUCUUAUCAUCAUGCGAGGAUUCAUGCUCUUUUCCACUCUAAGCUCAUCAUCAUAUCCAACAACAAUUUUAUUUAUCUGUGUGUUUGUUGCCAUGGCGUCAUUGACCAUUUCGACUUCUUUUUAUUACAACAACCUUUAUGAAACAAGAAACAAAGCAGUGAACUUCAACACUUUGAAGAUAGCCAUGAAAUCAUCUCUUGACACGAAUUUCGUCAGUGAUGACAUCAGCAGUGCAAAUGUGACGUCAAACGAAUGGAACAUGUUCUUUAUCGACUUUGAUUGUUGUGCUGUGGAUGCAGUUACUGGACCUAUAAAUGAUUUUGAUACCACUCCUUGGUGCACCACAAGUGGUUCAUGUCAACAGACAGAUUCUCAUAUCCCUAAAGCAUGUUGUAUUGGUGUAACUAAGGACGACUACCAAUCAGCACCGAUGCCUUGUCAUAGCAGCGUCACCGAUAACUUUAAUAGAAAGGGUUGUCUGGAAGCUAUACAGGAGAAAAUGACGGAGAAUAGAAAUAAACGAGACGUAGAUAUAGACCAUGUUCUAAGUGAAGGAAUCCGUGUUGUACUGAUGAUGGCUGUGUGUGCAAUUGUUUCUGUUUUUGAAAUUUUUGCCAAUUAUUGUAGUCAUCGAGUAUUAGAAAAACCUAAAAUUAACCCUCUUUCCUGAGAAAGUGAAAGUUUUCAUACCACAUCCCAGCUGAAAUCCUUAUAAAUUUUUCAUAUGCUUCUCUUCCUGUUAUCUUAUCUUUGAGCAAUAUGUAUAUUUU